AGGGGCCGCUUCCGCCCGGUGCAUUUUCCUCGGCGCAUCCAGGAGGCGGGGCCUGCUGCGCAAGAUGGAGUUACUGCAAGUCCUGAAGCGGGGGCUUCAGCAGGUCAGCGGCCAUGGCGGCCUCCGCGGCUAUCUACGAAUUUUUUUCAGGACAAAUGAUGUGAAGGUUGGUACAUUAGUAGGAGAAGAUAAAUAUGGAAACAAAUACUAUGAAGAUAACAAGCAAUUUUUUGGCCGUCACCGAUGGGUUACAUAUACUACUGAAAUGAAUGGCAAAAACACAUUCUGGGAUGUGGAUGGAAGUAUGGUACCUCCUGAAUGGCAUCGUUGGCUUCACUCUAUGACCGAUGAUCCUCCAACCACAAAGCCACCUACUGCUCGUAAAUUCAUCUGGGCGAACCAUAAAUUCAACGUGAGUGGCUCUCCAGAACAAUAUGUACCUUAUUCCACCACUAGGAAGAAGAUUCAGGAGUGGGUCCCACCUUCAACACCUUACAAGUAAAGACCAUGGAAAAGAGUUUAAACAUGUAAAAUAUGGGGCUUUUCUUGGAAUUGCACUUUAUUGCUUACUA